GUGUUCGUGACUAUAUGGCUAUGAUAAAUAUGCUUGUUACGUGUAGGGCGCAAAUGGCGCCGUUCUAGAAGACGGUGGUCUUCAUACAUUGUGCGUGCACCUAUGCCGUCGCUUCGAGCACCAAAUCCGCGGCAGACGUUGCCGCAGGAUGCUCGGGACAACAGCAUUGCAGAACCGCCUUGCAGCAGAACCUUUGUCCAUCGACGUAACAGGCCUACGGCAAGGCCUGCGUCACGCAGCAGUAGGCGUUUCCGGGCAGCUAGGCAGCUAGAGUAUAUUCCACAUGCCUUGCCUAGUCGCUCCAGCCAUGUUGAAGUCGAAGGCCCCGGCCAUGCUGAGCAAUUGCCGGCAGGCGAUGCGCUUGCACAAGCGUGCCGCCUACUGCGACUGGAGGGAACAGACGAGAUGCAGGACCUAAUUGCUUCACUGGUGCUCAGCGAAUGCGUCUACAAAAAGCUGGAGCUUAGCGAACAGGAUGUGGCAGCCAAGGUUUCCGAAUUCCUCGCCACCUUUCCCCCGGGCUGGGUACAACUGGAUUCCAUGCAGAUCACGCUGCAGGAGAUUCCACAACACUACAUUAUUGCGACCUCGCCUACCACGAUGUACGUUGCCUUCAUGGGCACAAAGCAGUUCCAGGACCUCCUUGUCGAUGCCAACCUGCUGCACACCCCUGUGUGGGCCGAAUCGGCCCGACUUGCAAUGGAUCGACAGUCCAUUCCAGCCGCUCACCGGGGUUUCUUAGAGCGCGCUCGUAGCAUCCAGGUGGAGCAGCUGUACGAGCUGGCGGUCAGCCGCGGCCUGCGCCUCGUGUUGUGCGGCCACUCCCUGGGAGGCGCCGUCGCCAAGCUCUGCACGCUGCGGCUGCUGCGGGAGCUGCCUGACUGGCCGCGCCCCCGCGUGCGCUGCAUCUCCUUCGCCACCCCCGCUGUGGGCAACGCGGCGCUGGCGGAGAUGGUUGAGAACGCGGGCUGGGCGGGCCACUUCGCCACCUACUACCUGCCGGAGGAUCAGCUGGUGCAGCUCAUCAGCUUUGCGCAGGCAAGGAACAGCACAAACACGAGCACCAGCACGAGCACAGGCAGGCAGGCGGGUGCAGGUGGCGGUGCUGGCAGUGCAUCAGCUGGCGGUGCUGCUGCGGGUGCAACGGCAGCUGCUGCGGUUGCUCAUGGUGCAGGUGCUGGAAGCAGGAGGAGCAGAAAGAAGAAGAAGGGCGCUUCAGCGGUGGAUGUGGCUAGUGACAGCGGACGCAGCAACGGCAGCGCAGCUACCCCCGUGGACCCUGGGUCAUGCGAGCCGCCGCCUCAUGGAUCGUCAGCCGCAUCAGCCACCGCCUUCCGGCCGUCUCCACCGCUGCUCCCUCGCGUCUCUUCAUCUUCCAGCGUAUGCAGCAGCGUCGGCUUCGGCAGCAUGACCAGUAGCAGCAGCGUCGGCAGCAGCCUAGGCAGGCUUGGGACGAGCAGCAGCAGCCUGAGCCUCGCCAGUGCGGACUGCGUCCCCGCGGCAGCCCCCAGGGACGAAGCCGUCGAGUCGCGGCACGCGUAUGGCAGUGGAAUUGGGAAUGUCGGCGGCAGCUGUGAUGCUGCUGCUGCAGCAGCUGCUGCUGCUGUCAACAGUGGCGUUCGAAGUCGGAGCGCAAGUCUAGCAGGGUUUCAUCCUCCAUCGCAGCAGCACGUGCAAGGGUUUCGACAUCCCAUGUCGGCAAAGCUGUCACCUGGGUCUUCCUUCCGUCCCAUGGCGCUGUCGGAAGCUGGUGUGGCGGCAUCGCAUGGCCCUGCUGCUGCCGCGGCCGUUAGUUGCUACGCAGGCAGUAACGGCAGUAGCAGCACGGGCAGCAUUGAUAUGGCUGGCAGCAGCGUCUUUGAAAGCUUGGAUGAGGAGCAAGCUGGGCUGGCAAUGGAGGAGAUCCUAGCCCCUGCCCCUGAUCCCAUGGGUCCGGCAACCGUGGCUACGUGCAUGCUGGGCUAUGACAGCAGCAGCGGUGAAGAGUGCAGCCGGGACCGCAGCAGCGGUGGCGCCAGCAGCAGCAGCAGCAGUGACGCCGGCAGCAGCACAAACGGAUCAGAAGGCGAGCGGCGGAGCAGUCUGGCAGCUGCAGCGCGGCAAGAGGCGCUGUACGGCAAGGCCGGAGGCAGCUGGGGCGUGCGGCUAGCCCUGGAGCGGAAGCGGGUGUUGCGGCGUAUGCGGCGCAUGGCUAUUCGUGCACGCAUCCCGCUCCCUCGCGCCUUGCUACCGGUGUCUCGCUUCCACACUUUCGGCGCGCAGUGGUUCAUAACGGAGGAGGGCGCGCUGUCGCCGGAGGAGCUGCAGCGACGCCAGCAGCAGCAGCAGCACCCACAGCAGCAGCAGCAGCUGGGCCAGGGGCCGCGGGACCGCGAGAACCAGCAGCAGCAGCAACAGCAAGGUGCCGCUGUUGCGGCUGCUGCGGAGCCUCCAGAGGGGGCACGGGGCUUCUUUUCCUUCCACCGCAUGCUUGCUUACAGGCAACGGCAUUUGGACAUCUUCGCUCGGUUAUCGUCCGGAGAGCAACAGCCCUCGGAGUCGUCGUACCAUGGUCUCGGCGGUGAGAUCACAACCCAACACCACCACCACCGCCAGCAAGAGCCGGCCGUGUCCGGUCUUGAGGCCAGGGCAGCACCGGACACCAACACGCAGGGGGAGCCAUCAACACAACCCCUGAUCAAACUGGACAUCGACCUCAUGCCGUGCAUAUCCGUACAUCACGCAGUGCUACGAGGCACCCUGCGCAGCCCCGCCCAGGACGACAUCUCCGAAGCGGAGCCGGAAGCUGCAGCACCGGCGACCGGUGCGGUGGGUGGCGUGGAGCCGGCAGGUCUGGAGCAACCUGCACUUACGCCGCGCGCCAGCACCCGUCGCUGGUGGAUGGUAAGCCGCGCGGCGCGCAGCGGCGCUGCGGCAGCUCCGGUGGUAGCCGCAGCAGCAGCCGCGACCGGGACGGGCACCGCCGCUGCCGCAGCCGCUAGCGGCAUGCCUGUCGCUCAGCUGUUCAGGUGGGCCUUAGGCGGCGGCGUAGGCGCGCGUGCUGGUGCCGGCGGCGGUGCCAGCGGUGGCGGCGGCAGUCAGGAGGAGCUUGUACGGCUGGAUUUGGAGGUUGAAGGCCAGAACUUGCAGUACUGCCGCAGGGUAUCCGUAUCGCUGCGUAUGCACACCGUUGCUGCUGCCGCGACGUCUGCUGUCGACUCGACCGCGGAGAAGAAGCCGGCGCAUCGGUGGGGUCCCUUCCCUGCUUGGUCGCCGACGCCGUCUGCAGCAGCCGUAGCGGCCAUCAACGUCGGAGGUGUGCAAGCAACCGCUGCUGCGUCGGCAUCCCCCGACGGUGUAGUGGUUUCGGAAACCGACGUGCCAUGUGAGGUCGUUCAAGUCUUGUACGCGCAGCCGUACAGCCCGGCCAGCAACCCGCCUCCGCUGCAUCCCGUAUCGCUGCUGCGUAACACGCUACACCACCUAGCGGGAAAAUGGAUGCGACGCUGGCAGCGUGGUAAAGCUCAAGGGGCCGGCGGGAGCAGCGCCGGCGCCAGCGGCAGCACCUCUUGGCGACGAUUCCGCUUCCGCUCGCACUUGAGCGCUUCGGCCGCCGACGCCGGCGAUGGCAGCAGCGGUGGCGGUAGCAGCAGUAGCAGCGAGGAGGAGGGCAGCGAUGCCGAGGUGAGGAGUACUCGCCGGGGAGUCGAGGUGCCUGCAGCGGCAGCGAUGCCGAGCAGGCUCCUGCUCAAGGUAAAGCUGCCACGGGGAAUGGCUCGCGGCUUGUUGGACGGUACCCUGCCCGCCAAGCUGACAGUUUCCGCACGGAGCGACUUCCAUGCCGUGUCCGCCGUGCCUGUUGUCGUACAACGCCGACGCGUCGCCAUUAUUGGCACGUCGCCGUACGCCGCGUCGCUUGUCCAGGCGGCGCUGGCGGCGCCGUCCGCGCUGGCGGCGGCGAGUCUGGAUGAGCACUCGCGCGCCGCAGCGGUUGGCGGCGGAGCAGGCGGCGCCGCGGCGGCUGUUUGGUUGCCGCCGCUGGUGGCGUGGGCACUGUCGGCGGUCCGGGGCACAGCAGCAGCGCCCGUGGGCUGGGGUUCAACGCGCGCGGCGACAGCGACGGUGGCGGCGUCAGCAGCCACAGCUCCCGUAGCGUCCUCCUCUGUGGACGAUUGGGCUGCUGCAGCGGCUUCAACAGCCCAGCAAAGCCAGGGCUUUGCAGGCGGCGCAUCCGUGCUGGCGGGGGCGUUCCGCGGGCGGCGGCGGCGAAACGAAGUGGCAUCAGCACCAACAGCGCAAGCCCCAGCAGCGCCUGAGCCGCUGGCGCCGGCGGCUUUUCUAGCUGAAGGGAAUCUGCCGCUGUCAGCCUCCGUCCCCGCCGGGAUACCGCUGUCGCAGCCGCCGCUGCACCCUGCCGAUAGCGCUGCUGACGCCAUCGCGGCCCCAGUGCUGAGUGCGGCUUCAAUGGCGGCGUCGCCGCAGCUGCAGCUGCCGACUGGGCAACAUGGUGCGCAUUCGUCUCGGAAGCAGACCUCCGCCGCGCCGCCGCUGCCGCAGCGCUGGGUGGUACGGCUGACGUCCGGGGUGCCUCGUUGGCGGAUCGGGUCCGGGCAGCUGCAGUGGGGCCUGCGGCAGAGCUUGGCGGCGGCGGCGGUGGGGGUGGCGGCGGCGGCUGGCGGCGUAUCCGGCGCAGCGGCCGCACUCGCGGCGGCAGCGGUAAUCGUCAGCGCGCUUGGUACGGCAGCGACGUCGGGUUCCGACGGUGGUACGGCGUUCCUAGGCAACGUCGCGGUAAGCGUGGCGGCGGCAGCUGCCGCCGCCGCGGCAGCGGCGUCAGCAAUGGCCGGCGGAGAGGCCAUGCUUGCAGCCACGAUUGCUGCUGUCGCGGCGGCUGCGGCUGUGACAGCAGCCGCCGCUACCAGUGGCUCGGGGACUGUGUUGGCUUCCUUUGCUAGGGUCCACGGCUCGCAUCCGAACGCUGCUGCCGUGGAAAAGGCUUCCAGCUUAGCAUCUUCAAGCAGCACGGCAACCGCGGCCUCUGCGGCGGCCGGCUCUGUUACUGGUCCACUGACCAGCCUUCAAGCACCCUCUCCUGGUCCCACGCCUUCCGUUGUGCCAUCCACGCCAUCCAAUGGAACAACCAUAGCACCGAUACCAUUCGUCCCAAUUCAUCCACAUGUAGAAUCCACCAUGACUGCCACUGCUGCAAGUAGCGCCACGGGCUCCUCACCUGCAGUCCCGCACCCUCAGCCACAACGGCCGCCUCGGCCUACACCGCACGCCCCUCGCUGGGUGCUGCGAUUUGGUGCUGCGCCGUCGGCGGUUGCCGGUACUGCCGGCACCAACGGCGCUGCUGGGGGCCGACCCUUGGGUCGCGGCUGGUCACUAUGGCUCCGAAAGGCAGGUGCAUCCGACACCAGCUCGACAUUCGAAGCCCAGGCACCGGCGGCACCUCCGCCUCCUCCGCUUCUACGUUACGGGUGGCUUCCUUGGACGCGAACGGUGCGACCGGUGGCCUCCGGAGCAGCAGCCCGUGCAAGGCCGGCGUUCUCCGGCGCUGCUGCUGCGGCAGCGGCGGCGAAAAUUGCGGACACCCAAACGCAGCCUUGCUCGUCGUCGGGACCAUCAAGUACUUCAACGCCAAGCCUUGGGGUACUAGCAGGAAACCCAGUCCAUGCUUCAACAACCCUUCCAGCGUUCCAGCACAUGCAGGCGCCGCCUUCACCUCCGACGGCAGCUGCGGCCGCCCCACUACAGCAACUCGCAAGGCGGCUGUUCCCUGCCCCUGCCCGGCCCGCUGACCAUCGAAAGCCGCCACCAGCUACUGCACCAGCUACCGCUGCAGCAGCAGCAACUGCAACCCCAACUGCAACCGCAAAAGCAGCGGCGGCAGCGCCGGUAGCCACCCCAGGUCUCCGACCCCCAAAACUUCCUCUCCUGCAGCUCCGCCCACAGCUGCUCGGAAGCUUACGCGGCAGCUCCGGUCGUGCUGCACUUCCGCUUCCACCGGCAGUGAUUGCGGAGGGUGUGGAGCUCUGUAACUGUAUGGUGGAGCCCUCAGGCUGGGCUCGGAACGCAAACCCCGGUGCUGCCGUUACCGCUACCGCUGCUGCUGCUGCUGCUGCUGCUGGCUCUACCGCCACCGGCCUGCAGCACCCAGAAGCUGCUUCUGCUGCUACUGCGGUUGCGGCUGUUCCAGCGGCUCUCCUGUGGCCGGUGCAACCGCUGAGCAGCAACACCCCCUGGACGGCCGCAACCCCCACCACGACCAGCGGCAUGCACCCUGCUGCCACCAAGGCCGCUGCCAGCUUACCUAGCGCUGCGGCUGCCGCUGCGGCAGCGGCGGCUUCUCAUCUGGGUUCUGGCCCGGGCCGCGGCAAGGUGGUGGGAGUGGCGCCGUUUGUGGCCAUGCGGCGCGUUUCGGAGGGGCUGCGACACCAGGCGCUGCUGCGGCCGCUGGCUGUGGUGGGGCUGCUGGGGCGGCUGCCGCUGUUGCUGGGAUUGCAGGUCCUCCGCCGCAAUCGUCAUGCGUCCGUAGCCAACGACGACUCAACUGCCUCAACCGCCGACGCCGCCAGCCUCCUGCGGCACCACAUGUUCCCUGGCGCUCCCCCACCCUCCGCGCCCUCCCUCUCACAACUCCUGGCAGCCACCUUCAAAACCCCCGCCACCCCCGCCGCCGUUGCUGAUGUCUCAGCCCACCAACCCGCAACCCCAGCACCCGCCACCCCCGCAUUCACGGCCUCCCCACCGUCCACAACAGCAGCCGCACCCAGCUCCUCAUCCUGCCAGCCCUGCGAUUGGGACGCAGUGGUGGUGACUGCCAGCUGCCGCGACCCGCUACGCUCGCUGCGCGCCAAAGACAUGGAGCAGCUGCGCGCCCGUGCCUCGGAUGCCACCUGCCCCCUCCUACCCGUGCUGCUCACAUGCCCCGACACGCCCCCGCUGCGGCGGGCGGCAGCGCUGCGUGCGCUGGCUGCUGCCUGCGGUGUGGAGCCGGCUGCUGUGCGGACGGUGUGGCUGGAGCCGGAGUUGCUGCACCGGCCGGCGGCCGAUAUUCCGCAUGCAGAUAUGAGCGAGGUGUGGCGUGGAACGGCGGCAUGUGACGGUGCAGCGGCACUGCGGGGUGCUGUGUUGCGGGCGCUGGAGACGACGGAGCAGGCGGGGAAGAGCACCCAGGAGCAGCAAGGGCAGCAGGGGCAGGGAGGGGCGGCACAGGACGAGCAGCAGCAGCGGGGGAGUAUGCUGUCUGGGAGUGGGGUGAAGGGAAAGGGUAUUUGAUGAGGGGUGGAAGGCUGGAUGAUCAGGCAUGCAGAGGGAUGAUGUGCUUAUAGAAAAGGAGCAGAAGGCACGGCAAGGGUGCAUUGGGAUGCGAGCGCGGCCUCAUGGAUGGCGUCAAUAUGCAACCGCGUCGCGCUAUCUCUCAAGUUGCGUGUUGCUUUGCGCGACGAUAUUGGAAGGCCGUGUGUACGGCGCUGCCCCUUUUGCGUGAUUAAUUCAGCACGAGUUACGGGUGGGCUGUUUUGUGUGUGUGUUGUGGUAUCGUAGUCCUUUCGUUGCACUUGCUGUUGUCUGAAGAUGUGAAUGCUUCGCAUUAUACUUCAUCUGGAUAUGGCUUAUCUGCCCUAUGCCCUAUGGGCUAUGGCCGACGUCCUUAUUAUGAGCAUUGCGGUUCAGGUCGUAUCAUGUCGUAAACCUGGGAUGUUGCACGCCUUGGGAGCAGCUGUUAGCUCUUCCCAUGCAGUUUAAGGGCAGCUGGUGGAUGCGUAACACGCACGCCGCUGGCCUGCAAACCCUAGGCAUUUGCUGUUGCAUCUUACGCAUUUAGGAGGAACUUCUUCCUCCCGGGCUUUAAUAUUUGCUGGUGCAGUAUUAGGAUGGUAUUUUUGCAUGCAAUGCAGUUUCUUAUUUGGCGCGACGGCGUGUUGUUUGCACCGGCGGAUA